CUGCGUGGGAGGUGACUUUUUAAAGGUGUUUCUACAUUUAGAAACCAGCGGUGUUUCCGAAUACACCCCCUGGUCCGGCGUGCUCUGCGGUGAUCUGCACGACAUCCCGCAGGUUCUCUACAGUUCAAGAUCUACGCUUAUUUUAGAGCUUCACACACAGGGAUCUCCGUCUAAUGCGACCGGCUUUUUUGGCAAUUUCCAUUUCAUCAACAGACGACUGUUCGAGACGGACGGCGUGUUGAUCCCCGGCACGAUGUGCGAUCUUGAGUUUGUCAGUUCGCAGUCGAAACGGCAGUAUGGACGCUUCUACUCGCCACGGUACCCGUCCUCUUACCCAAAGAACAUCCGGUGCUCGUACCUCUUCCGGGCAAGAUUAAAGGAGAGGAUACGUUUAUUUUUCGAAGAAAUUUCUUUACAAAAGGGAGAUUUGAGUUGCCUGAAUAGAGCGGAUUUAAUCAGGGUACACGACGGAACGGAUUCAGGGGCGGCCACAAUAGCGGUGCUGUGCAACCAAGGAACGGAAGUGGAAGUGCUCAGCACCGGGUCAGACCUGUACGUCGAGUUCGUUGCUAAUUCCGAGUGGCCCGGCCAGGGUUUCAAGGCGAUGUUCCAAUUCCAGCCAUUGGACGAUGCGCCGCAUCCUGAGCCGGACAAGGUCGUCCCAGGGGCCGUUACCGGUAACCCCAAGUACUCGGUCAUCGGACCGGCUGUCAGCGCUACCAAGUCACUCUGCGACAUCGUUUUCAACAGUCGAGUUAAUUUUUUCGACGAGUAUUAUUCGUUCGAUUGGCAAAAGGAAGAGUUCGACGAAGAAAAUUCUCUCACGCGGCUUGUCUUGGCGCUGAAACAAUACUUUAACCCCGUUCGAGCGUUUUAUCUCGUUUUCGAGAAACGUGCACCUGUGCGCUGA